AUGAAGUUCUUCAAGUCUUCCAAGUCCUUCGUGAAUGCCGCCGCGCCCAGGGUUUAUCCGGAGGAGGCCGCUGAUUUCAUGGCUUGUACGCUGAGAUGGGACAUGGGCAGAAGAAGAGGAUCAUCAAAAGCUAUGUACAAGUUAGGCAAAGUGGUCGGCUCAACCCAUGGGAUACGACACUUCCAGAUGCAUGAAGAUGGAAUAAUUGAACUCUCAGGCUGCGUGAAUGCAAACAUGCUACUGUACAAGCUAGGAAAGUUGGAGAAACAUGUAGAGAUGCUGUGGUGGCAGCACGGACAAUGCUCCAGCUAUUUGGAAGGACCAGACCGCCGGUAUUUCACCGGAGCACAAGCUUACCCUGGAUAUGGUGGUGCCCCUAGUUAUGAUCGAGGAUACGUUGCCGGUUAUUAAGGCAUCAGCCGUUUGCAGUAGGUUAUUAAGGCAUCAGCUGUUUGUAGUAGAAUGCAGGAUUCCCCUCUAUAAUCGAGUCUUUUAGUUUUAAGGAGUUAUUAUACCCAUUUGGCUUUAGGGUUUUUCGAGUCUUUUUCAAGUGUCUCUCGUUAUUGAAGUAGGAUUUGCUUGUUGACAUUGCUGAUGUUUUUCUCGGUCCUCGUGAACAUUAUUAUUAUUAUUAUGUUGGAAAUAAAGUACUAUCAGUUUUAAGUAAAAUAUGCAUAAUGCUUUUAUGAAUGUGGAAGCAUAAUGCUUUUCCUUUGGUAGUUC